GGCGAGUUUAAAGGCGCCGGGCCAGAGCGAAGGGCUUUAGGGAGCCGCCGCCGCCGCCGCCUCCACCGCCGCAGCCACUGCCCGGGCCGGGGAGGGGGUGCGUGGGAAGCAGGAAGCGAGGCGCGCGGAGGUCGUCGCGGGAGCAGCUGGUGACCCCCGGAGGAUGAACCACAAGAGCAAGAAGCGGAUCCGCGAGGCCAAGCGGAGUGCGCGGCCGGAGCUCAAGGACUCGCUGGACUGGACCCGUCACAACUACUACGAGAGCUUCUCGCUGAACCCUGCGGCCGUGGCGGAUAACGUGGAAAGGGCAGACGCAUUACAGCUGUCUGUGGAAGAAUUUGUGGAGCGAUAUGAAAGACCGUACAAGCCCGUGGUUCUGCUGAAUGCCCAAGAGGGUUGGUCUGCCCAGGAGAAAUGGACCCUGGAGCGCCUAAAAAGGAAGUACCGGAACCAGAAAUUCAAGUGUGGUGAGGAUAAUGACGGCUACUCCGUGAAGAUGAAGAUGAAAUACUACAUUGAGUACAUGGAGAGCACUCGGGACGACAGCCCCCUUUACAUCUUUGACAGCAGCUAUGGGGAACACCCCAAAAGAAGGAAACUUUUGGAAGACUACAAGGUGCCCAAGUUUUUCACUGAUGAUCUCUUCCAGUAUGCCGGGGAGAAACGCAGGCCCCCUUACAGGUGGUUUGUGAUGGGGCCACCACGCUCUGGAACUGGAAUUCACAUCGACCCUCUGGGAACCAGUGCCUGGAAUGCCUUAGUUCAGGGCCACAAGCGCUGGUGCCUGUUUCCUACCAGCACGCCCAGGGAACUCAUCAAGGUGACCCGUGAAGAAGGAGGGAACCAGCAAGAUGAAGCUAUUACCUGGUUUAGUAUCAUUCAUCCCCGGACGCAGCUUCCCACCUGGCCACCUGAAUUCAAACCCCUGGAAAUCUUACAAAAACCAGGAGAGACUGUUUUUGUACCAGGAGGCUGGUGGCACGUUGUCCUUAAUCUCGACACCACCAUUGCCAUCACCCAGAAUUUUGCCAGCAGCACCAACUUCCCUGUUGUAUGGCACAAGACGGUAAGAGGGAGACCAAAGUUAUCGAGGAAAUGGUAUAGGAUCUUGAAGCAAGAGCACCCCGAGUUGGCGGUCCUGGCUGACUCCGUUGACCUUCAGGAGUCCACAGGGAUUGCCUCGGACAGCUCCAGUGACUCCUCCAGCUCCUCCAGCUCCAGCUCAUCCGACUCGGACUCGGAGUGUGAGUCUGGGUCUGAAGGCGAUGGGACGAUGCACCGCCGGAAGAAGCGGAGAACGUGCAGCAUGAUGGGAAAUGGAGACACCACCUCCCAGGACGACUGUGUGAGCAAAGAGCGCAGCUCCUCCAGGAUUAGGGACACUUGUGGAGGCCGGGCUCACCCCUGAGCAAAUAAAGACACUCUCCCUGAGGUGGCUCCUGUGUACGCUGUUGGCCGCCACCUGACUCAGUUUUCACGUCUUCUGCUCCCACCUUCUCCUUUGUCUUCUUUGAAUUUGGAUAACCUUCUCUGGUCCAAGCUUCUGUCUUCGGUCAAAUGCCGUUUUUACUGCUUACUAAGAAUAGAUGGUCAAGAGGUUUCGAAGCUCAGCAAGCUCAGUGACACCCGAAACACCGAAGGCUGGCGUGCUGUUGGGUGAGGAGCUCUGGCUGUCACCUCUAAGCCACGCUGCUCAACCUCGAGGCCGCAGGGCUGGGAUCCCUUGAGUGUCUCGCUGCGUCUGAUACCUCAGCAACAUUGGUGAGGAACCUCUACUGUCCGAGAGCCGGCUGCGCACAAGCAGGCCCUGAGGGCAUAUCUAUCGCAAACAAGCACAACAGAAGGAAGGAUCUGGAGAAACAAAAAAGUAGACUUCCCUUCAUUCUACCCUCCCAUACGCUCGAGAAUUACUCCAAGAGGAAAAGUCAGUAGGGGAGCAGAGUUACCCCAAGGCACCUGGAGCUGAAUUCCAGAAAGCGGCCUUUGCGGGGCAGCCACGUUACAAUGAGGCUUGUGUUGAAGGCUGCUGGGUCUCAGGCCGGAAGGGGCAUUCGCCGGCCAGGAACUAGAAGUGUUCCCAGAAAAUGCUGUGGACGAGUCUGGAAGUGGCCGAGAGUGAGCGGGGUUAACGUUUGCUUUUCAUGGUCUUGCAGGCAGUCCGGUGCCAUGCUUUAGCUCAUGCCCAUAUCAAGUGGACGACUCACUUCUAGGCCUGUCUUCCAGAACACGCUGGCCACUGUCAGCGUGAUCAAUAGCUGAUGGUGCCCAGCCUCUCCUUGAGUUUGACCUCCGGUGGCCGGCCGCCUCCUCAACACUUGCCCGUGGUUGUCCAGUGAGCUCCUGAGGCCACCUGAGACCCCCGUGUCUGUUAAGAGUUCUUGACUUCUGCCUUCGGCCCCUCCCUGCCCCCACUGUUCUUAGUCAUCUGCUUGGAGUUCCUCCACGGCCCUCCGAAGCCGCUCAGGCUGAGAGCCCACACGACAUCCUCGUUUUCUUAUUUUCCGGCCUGAAGUCCCUCCAUCAGCAAGUCCUGUCACCUCUGUCUGCGGAGUACCUCCUGAAGUCAGGCUAUCCUCUCUCCUGCGGUCCGUGGCUCACCUGGGCUGUGCCAUUUGCUCCCAGCGGCUCCCCCGGCUUCCAGCCCGCCCCCCAUGUUCCAUCUAGCAACGGGCACCAUCUUUAUCACAUGGAAACCACAUCCCAGACUCUCCUGCUCCAAGCCCUGCGAUGGCUCCCGUCACAUGCAGAAUUAAUUGCGAACUCUCAGCAUGGCCCCUGUGGCCGGCUCUGCAUCCUGUCCCAGCUGUCCCCGUGCCCCCUCUGCCGUGUCCCAGACCUGCACCUCAGCUGGAGCCUGGGAUUUGCUCUUCGCUCUGCCUGGCAGACCCUUCCUGGCCUAGACUUCCACACAGUUGUUCCUCUUCACCUUUCAAGUGUAUGUGUCCCCGAGCACCUUGGUGAACAUACAGUCCCCAACCCCUACUCCAGCACACCCCCCUCUCUGGCUUUCUUCACGGCACCCCGUGUGGUCUGAGGUUAUCCUUUAUGUUCGUGUCCAUUGUCUGCCGCAGCAGGAUGUCGGUUCAGGAGGAUGGGCCUGCCACGUUCGUGGCCACAUCCCCAGCUGCUAUAGCGGGCUCAGCACACAGCAGCGCCCAGUACAUGCUUGUUGAAUGUGUGAGCUGCAAGAACGACGAAGAGAAGGAAUGCCGGUGGCCCCUGCCACAAGGCAGAUGAUGCCUCCUCAUAGCACUGCCCCGGGCAGCGGGCAGAGGCCGUUUCUCCUCGUGCCCCAGGCCUCUGGCCCAGGGCCUUGUGUCUUGUCUGCAUGCUGUAGAGCUGUGUGUCAUGCCCCAGACUGCCCUGUAAGGUGGUGAGCUCCCCGAGGCUAGAAGUGUUCAAACAGAGACUGGAUAACUGGCGAUGCAUCAGUGCAGCUAGGGUUUUGUCUUGGGUCAAAGCCACAUUAGAUCACUGGUUUUCCCACAUUUUUAAAAGCACUAGAUACCUUUUUCCUUCUUCAAUCUUAGAUGGAAGUCCAGUGUGUAGAGCUAAAGCAGAACUGCUCUGUGUGUGGGGGGGGGGGUCUUGGCCCCUCUAUUCCCACCUCCCUCCUUACAGUAAUCCCUUCAGUACCGCCUCCCUGCCCCCCAUGGAGCUCCAGGGCUCUGCCUGCUGAGCCAGGAUAAAAACUGAGCUCAAAACCAUUCUCGCCAGGUCCUGUGGCCUCAGAGGACCCCACGCAGAUAGAGGAAGGAGGAGCACCCAGAGGUGAAUGGGGAAGGGCAGACCGUGUGCCCAAGGCUUUGGUUCCAAGAGUGACCCCAAGUUCCUGCCUGCCCUCCCAUGGCACACCCCCACCCCCGUGGGCGGGAGAGGAGAGCACCUCCCAGUAAGCAUUAGGGACUGACCUCACGGCCUCUGAAGCAGGAGGACCUCAGAGGCCGGGGAUUAUUUGAAUUGAGCACAGCAGCGGUCAUUUUAGGGUUUUAGUAGGAAAAAAACAUCAUAAAGCUGGCAUUUGAAGAUGUUCUCAGAGCAAAUGAGUUGGGGAAGAGUAAGGUCAAGGACACAGUGCCGUAUCCGUAUCUGGCACUGAGUGAUUGGCAGGAGCAUGGAGAAUGGGGGUGGGGGGGUGGUGAUCGAGAAGUGGAAAGGAAGCGGCUGGCUUGGAUCACCCUUCCCAGGCCGUGACAAAGUGUCAAAGAUGCUGUGACCGCAGAGAAAAACUGACGAGUUGAGAGGGGCCAGUUUAGGAUAAGAAGACGUCAGUUCCUUGUCUAAGGGGAUGUGCCUUACCCAGCUGCAAAUAUGGAUUUAGAGGGCUGGCCCGAGCGUCCUCGGCCUGAGCUGUCACUUAGGCGCGCAGUGGCUGAGCUGUUGAGACGUGCGGGCGGAGAGGGCCGCCGUGACCUCUGCCGGCCUGCCCUCCCCGCCCAGCACAGGCGCUCGGAGCGGGCGCCAGCUCUGCGCCCUCUGCUUGCCCGUAGCUGUGCCCCUCUGAACGCACAGGAUGAACAGCCCGAUGGCCUAAUGGACUCUUUCUGGAAGAGGGGAGAGCCUUGUCAGACCCACUCUGCCUGCGGAAGAGGAGCAGGAGAAGGAGCAGGAUGGCCAGGAGGGCCCACCCCAAGCAGUGCCUGAGGAAGAGGAUGGGGGAGAGGUCUUCUCCUUUAAAUACAGCCCCGGGAAGCUGCGGGGAAACCAGUACAAGAA